GAUGUAGUACAAGGUUCGGUAUGUAGGGGGCGCCAAGAGGUUCGGUUGUCCAGAAUUCUCCACAGCAGCAAGUGUCGCUAGCGUCUAGCUAACGCUAGCUGUCGUACCGUAACCACUUCACUAAAUUCGGGGCUUGGUUACUAGUUCAAUCUAAUUGGCUAAACCUGGGUGACCAUGCAGAAAUAUGAAAAACUCGAAAAAAUCGGCGAGGGCACGUAUGGGACUGUAUUCAAGGCUAAAAACAGAGAAACCCACGAAAUAGUGGCCCUGAAAAGAGUCCGUUUGGACGACGACGACGAGGGCGUGCCAAGCUCUGCCCUCCGAGAAAUCUGCCUGCUGAAGGAGCUCAAACAUAAAAAUAUUGUCAGGCUACACGACGUGCUGCACAGUGACAAGAAGCUGACAUUGGUCUUUGAAUAUUGCGAUCAGGAUUUGAAGAAGUACUUUGACAGCUGCAAUGGAGAUUUAGAUCCCGAAACUGUGAAGUCGUUCAUGUUCCAGCUAUUGAAAGGACUUGCUUUCUGUCACAGCCGCAAUGUUCUUCACAGAGAUUUGAAGCCGCAAAAUCUUCUCAUCAACAGAAAUGGCGAGUUGAAGCUGGCUGACUUUGGGCUUGCUCGAGCGUUCGGCAUUCCUGUGAGGUGUUACUCAGCUGAGGUGGUGACGUUGUGGUACCGACCCCCAGAUGUGCUAUUUGGUGCUAAACUUUAUUCUACCUCCAUCGACAUGUGGUCAGCUGGCUGCAUAUUUGCAGAGCUUGCUAACGCUGGAAGGCCUUUAUUUCCUGGGAACGACGUCGACGACCAGUUGAAAAGAAUCUUCAGAUUGUUGGGCACGCCGACGGAAGAACAGUGGCAGACAAUGACCAAGCUUCCAGAUUACAAGCCAUAUCCGUUGUAUCCGGCGACUACCUCGCUUGUCAACGUGGUGCCCAAACUCAGCAGCACAGGUCGAGACCUACUCCAGAAUCUUUUGAAAUGUAACCCGGUGCAGAGGAUCUCCGCAGAAGAAGCUUUGCAGCAUCCUUACUUCGCCGACUUCUGUCUGCCAUAAAUCCUUCGCUUACUCCCCGCUCAACCUCGGACAUCAAUCAAUCUGGUCGUCCCAUCAGGCCAACAGGUCAUUAGAGUCCGCUUCCUGCAAGGCCAGUCCCUGUGGAAACACCUAGUCCAAAGCCUCUUUUUUCCUACAACACAGUACUCACUAUGCCCUUUUCGCUGAAUAGUGAACCACAAAAACCUGCAUACUUUGUAAAAACAAUUCUAAUUUUAAUAGACAGCUAGCACAACACAGGCUGGCGUGAAAUCUACAUGAUGAAGUCAUUCAUUGCCUUGCCUCAAUAUACCCGUCAAUUUGUAUCGAAAAAUUCGCCAUCGUUGACAAGUACUUGUCAAAUGCGUUCUUCAAAGGGAGGUGUGAGGGAUGGUUUUGAUGCUGCUUCACUGUCAAUUUCAAGCCUAGACACAGUUCAUGGCAACAACUUACCAAUUUAGACAUCAGCCCAGUUUGUUAGUCCAAGUGAGAGGUUUGAGAAAUAGCUGAAUUUUAAACUAAACAACCAAAAUAACAAAUGUAGCCCUCCGUCAUAAAGUAAGUCAAGUGGGUAUUGUGUUGUAUACAGGGUUCGUACGGGUCCUUGAAAUCCUUGGAUUUUACUGUCGAGUUUUCAAGGUUUGAAACUGGUUUAAUUUUGCGAAAAGUCCUUUAAAAUGCUUGGAUGUGUUUGGCACACUAUUUCUCUGCACCCUGUCUAAAUAUAUAAAUUAUUAAAUGAAGGAAAAUACAUUUGCUUUAUCGCUUUCCCUUGAUGGCCCGAGUCACAUCGAGUACAGUGCAUUUGAGCCCCUGCAUGAGUAGUUUGGAGUUUAAUUAAGCGUCCUCUAAUGAUCAAUAAGCUUAACAGUUGUAUUCAGCUUUAACCAGCCCUUGUAUAAUGGCAGAAGACUUCUACAUUUGCAUUGGAGGCAACUUAUUGGCUCAAAACCAAUAAUGAAAAGCAUAUCAGUAUUAUUUGCUAUCAUUUUAAAACUUUUAUUGGUUGAAAUUAAUGGCUACCAGCCAAUAUCGGACAGCUCUGCUUGAGUCCUUAAAAAGUACUUGAAAUUGGCCAUGAAAAAGGUGUACGAACCCUGUGUAUAAAUUGCAGCUUUACAGUUUGACAGUUUUGUUUUUUUGUGUGUUUCACAGACACACUCUGUGUGCCUCAUCUUAAAAACAAAACAUUUUGGAAGUCAGCAACUUUGGAAAAUUAUACUGCAUCUCUUACAUUUAGUUGUAAAUAUCUGCUCUGUAAAAGUUUGCCCUUCAGUGUGCUGACGAAAUGGAGUGAAAAAGGAUCAGUUUAUGUAAUGUAAGAUUGGUUUCUCUGGGGAAUGUCGCAAACAAUCCACCAUUAUUUUUAAAUGAGCUGGACAUGGGCCGACUGACACUGAGCAUUUCACCAUAUGGGCCACUCAAAACUGAUAAAUGCUUUUAGAGGUAGUAAAUACUGUUAGACUGCUAGUGUCAUUUUCUCUAGGCAGCUACCAUAGUCCUGUGCCAUUCACUCAAAAAUUAAAGACUCACACAUUUAAAAACUCAAUUUUACCUUAGUUGCUCCGGAGCAAUAACAGCGAACAAACCAUUGCUUUUUUCUGAUCACCUGUUUCACGAUUGUAUGACACUAAUAAUAACAGCAUAAAAAGCUUAUGGUUUUACAUGUCCCCCAUUUUAUUUGUCUAUGCACACUUUUUUUUUUUUUUAACAUUUUUAUUGUUAUGAGUUGUGAACACUGACGUUAUUGCAGCUGGUCUUCAAUAAAAGGGCCAAUAUCAUAGUGUAAUAGUGGACCAUUUGUAGUGGCACAUUUGAGUUUUUCUGUCCUUUUUGUGGCUACAACAGAAGCGGGUUACCAAAUUGAUGAAUAAUGUUACGUAACAAUCGAACAAAUGUUUAUUAGUAUGACAAAAUGGAAGCCUUUGUGGUUUAAGUGUAUUGAUAUAACAUUUUGACUGAGGUUUUUUUUUUUUUUUUUUUUUACUUACCCACCCAAGAUCAAUCACACACUUUUAACAUUGAAAAUGGGACGAAACUUAACUUCCAUUCCACCGGUAGCCUUUUUUUUGUUUGUUUUGUCUCUACACGCUUCCUCUAUAAUAUCAUUCGUGCAGAUUGUGACGGCGAAAGCCUAAGCGGAGUUGUAUUCGGAGCAGCUAUCAGUUCUUUAACUUCUUUUGUAAGUUAGUGAUGCAAAAAUAUGGUUGCAUGUAUUUAUUAAUGCUGGAAUGUGAAGCUUGUUUUUUUAAUUGUAAGAUUGAUUUCAUACUACUGUGCUCUGUUGUAUUUAGUAGGCUCGGUGUACCGUAUUUUUCGGACUAAGUCGCACCAGCCAUAAAAUGCCCAACGAAGAGGAAAAAAAUAUAUAUAAGUCACACCGGAGUAUAAGUUGCAUUUUUGGGGGAAAAUUACUUGGUAAAAUUCAACACUUAGAACAGAUAUGUCAUCUUGAAAGGCAAUUUAAAAUAAAAACACAAUAGAGAACAACAUGCUGAAUAAGUGUAUAGUAUGAUAAUGUUACAUGAUGCAUGAACAACUAAAUGCGAACGUGGCCGGUAUGUUAACGUAACAUACAGUAGCUAUUGAGAGUUAUUCAGAUAACUAUAGCAUAAAGAACAUGCUGACCAGUUUACCAAACCAUCAGUGUCACUCCAAAACAUCAAAAUAACAUGUGAAAUGAUAUAAUAAUGUGAUAAUUUCACACAUAAGUCGCUCCAGAGUAUAAGUCGCACCCCCAGCCAAACUGUAAAAAAAACCUGCGACUUAUAGUCCGAAAAAUACGGUACAAUUCAACAUGUGGAAGUGGACUCGGUUGGAGCAAAAAACCCACACUUGUUUUGUGUGAAGUUUUAGCUGUAGAAUUCUUUGAUACAGCUUUUGCUUUUUUAUUUCCCAAUGAAGAGUGGAUUGUUUUGCACUUGAUUUGCUUUUGUUGGUAGAAGCCAAUAAGAUUGAGUGUUCAGUAAAGUGAACAUAAUUGCGCUUCCUUGUUUUUUUUCCCCCCACUCACAUCAAUCCCAAAUUAUUAUCAGGUUGAUGAUGCCUGUGCAGUUUUUGCUAUUUAAUUUCUACUUUAAAAGUCAGCUUAUACAGAACAUGUGACAUUUACAUUUUGGGUGGUGUGGGAGCUACGCAACAUGUCCAUAGACUUCAUAAUGAUAUUGGGCCGAUAAAUAGGGGGCGUGCAUUAUUGGCGUGGCCGCCAAAAGCUGACCGAGUGGAAUCACAGACAAAGAGCUUUUUUCGUUGAAAGGUCUUGUGAAUAAAUGCUUAAAUCCCUGAAUUCUUUAUAGAUAUGAAAGUAAAACAGUAUCGAUUCUUGGUCAAAAGCGAAAAAAAUACGUGCAGUUAACAUUUAUUUUACGUAAAUAUGUUGAAGUACGAUGCUAGUCUGUCAGUCAAUGUGGCGGCCUUCACAUGUAAACAGAGCUUUUCUGGUGAAAAUUAUUGUGAAUAAAUGCUAAAUCCCUGAAUUAAUUAUAGAUAUGGACGUAAAACAGUAUCGAUUCUUGGUUAAAAGCAAAAACAAAAAAAACAAAAAAAAAAGUGCAGUUAGCAUUUAUUUUACGUAAUUAUGUCAAGAAUGAUGCUAGUCCGCUAGACAAUGCGGCGGCAAGCCUUACAACAAAGAGCUUUUUACGUUGAAAAUGCUUGUGAAAAAACGAAAAAUAUAAUAAUUACCUUGAAUCCUCGAAAAAAUCAUUCCUGAGACAAUCCUUCCUGUUUGUAUGCGGUACAGCUUUCGUACUUUUUCAACAUAAAUCUGGCGUUGGAUUGCUGCAUGUGUUGCUGCGACGGACUGCGAAUAACUGAAGCGGAUUGUGGGAUGGCCUCCUACUUGAAGGCAUGGCGCAGUGAAGUGAAGGACGAAUCUGACCAGUCAAUAUCAUUAUGAAGUCUAUGACAUCAUUAACAUGUCAGUCAUAGAAUAAAAAAAUACUUAAAAAUAAGAAGUCAGAUCAUUUGACUUACUCUAAGAAAUACAUUUCUUUGCAAUUUGUCAGUUUAAAAAGUGUUAAAUACAGGUGCCAUGUUGUUGGGGUAUUUUAUUUUAUUUAUUUUUUUUUUUUUGUGAAAAGCUCUAUAUUGCGUUACUUUAAUUUUUCAGUAAUUUAUACACAAAUGGGAUUAUGAGAAAAUCCACUCUUCAGAUUAUGUAAUCUUUACAUGAUAUAUGGCGGAAAACACUCAGGUGACUUGAAGUUCUGCUCUGAGACCCCCAAUUUGACCAAAUUUAAAAAUUGUCCAAUAUGCAUGUUAUACAUCAUUGGAAAUCUUAAAAUCUCUAUUAUCUGGGGGAAUAGAAAUUUUGAACUGGAGUGUAUUUUUAUUAUUUUUUUAAAAAAUUCUUUUCAACAGAAAAACCGUAACUGGAGGCAAGAGCACGCGAGAGCAGAAUUAAAGAUGCCAUGAUUUUAACGAGAUAUUAUCGCGUACUUACCUUGUUUCGAUCCAAAAACUCCAUAAAGCAUGUUUCACUGAGUGCCAAGACACAGGGCUGUGAAUGGCCACAGCUGAAUUGUUUUGGGAUUUUAUGGGUGAAACAUGGUAAUAUAACAAGGGUCGCGAUGCAGAAAUCGCAGACAUAAAGGAGUGGUCGAUUUUCUUUUUCAUAUAUUUACCCUUUUAAACUUUUUUUUUUUUUCCAGUUUUUCCUAGUUUAGAUCGAUUAUUUAUCAUCUAACAUAUCGGAGAAGAUGCCACAGUAAUGAAAAAAAUACAAUUAAGUGAUAGUUAUGAGAUAGAUAUCUGUGACUUUUUUACAGACGCCAUUUUUUUCAUUGUGACGUCAUUUGUUUAAAAGUUUAAAAUAUGCGAGUGAAUAUCUUUUUUUUUUUUUUACUAAAUAUUAGACCUCAAUUAAUGAUUCUAAGCUAAAAAUGACAGACAUUUUGAUUAAUAAAUAUGAUUAAUUACCUUGGUUUUAUGGCUGGGUUAAAACAAAAACGGUUGCACGACGUCUGUAAACGGGGGUUUCCAGGGUAAAACGGACAAAUCGAAAAUAGUUUGGGGGCUUAAUGCAUCAUGAAUCUGCUAUGGUAGCAUAUAGACAUUGUUCUAUUAAACACAACAAUUGUUAUUGCUUAAAACACAGCAGUUUCUUUUAAAGAGGAGUGCAAGAGCAGAAAAUGCUUUUUCAGUUUUUUCUGUGUUUUGCGCCCAGUAUAUAUGUAUAAUAUAUACACAAUGUAUACAGAGGUACCUCUACUUACGAAAUUAAGUGGUUCUGGAAGUAGAGACGUGUUUUCCAUGGAAAUGCCCUAAUCUUUUCCAAGUCCCCAAAAUUAAGACAUAAAUCUUUUAUAAAGCAAAACAAUCCAUCAAAACAUGUAACAAAUACAUGUUACAAUUAGAUUGCUGCGCAAUAAACAUGAAAUGAGAGUGUAAAAGACAAAAUACCGUAUUGGCUCGAAUAUAAGAUGGCCCUGAUUAUAAGACGACCCCCUCUUUUUCAAGACUCAAGUUUGGAAAAAAAGACUUUUUGAACACCGAAUUAAUUUUUAUACAGAAAAUAAUUACAGUACAUCCGAAACAAAUGAUUGU